AAUUGUCCAUUUAAAGAAGCGGAAGUGGUCCAGAUGCUUGCUAGGUGAUGCGGGGUUAGCUUGCAGAUUUGGCUCUCUAAAUUAAUUGAGGACGAUGACGGAAAGUUUAAUCUUGCAUCUCUUGAUCCUGACUUUGACAGCAGAGUUUAGUGAUGUAAGGGCCUCUCAACUGAGCUCUAACCCUCCGAUACCCUAUACAUCCGGUCGGUCGCAAAUGAGGGAACCUUUCCCAACCAAGCACCUCUCGAAUCAAGCAAAAGAUUCGCCCAGCAGACAGAUCACACGUGUCAAAACAGUAGCCGUGAUUUGCCACGAGAAUUACAUGGAGAUCGCGGUUAAGGUUGACCUCUUUGACGUUGAUUUACCUGUGGAUGCUUCAGAGCUGCGGCUUGGUGCCGACAGUCAGUUCACUCCUUCGUGUAAAGUGACCGCGUUCUCCAAUAACGAGUACAUCAUAGCAGCUGAGCUCACUGACUGUGGCACUCAACACUGGAUUACAGAUGACUCUCUUAUAUACACCAACCUCCUUAUCUUCACUCCGCAACCCUCUCCAGAUGGAGUGGUUCGCCUUGAGCAGGCAGUAGUUCCUAUUGAAUGUUAUUACAGCAGGCGAUUUGACAUUACCAGUAACCCCAUCAAACCAACAUGGGUUCCUUACGUUUCAACGCAAUCUGCACUGGAGGACUUGCAGUUUUCACUAAAGCUAAUGACAAGUGAUUGGCGCUCUGAACGGGCCUCUGCUGUGUACUUCUUGGGUGACAUCAUAAACAUGGAAGCCUCAGUUCGUCUGGGUCAUCACAUUAACCUCCGCAUAUAUUUUGAGAGCUGUGUUGCCACAGUGACUCCAGAUAUCAACUCUGUCCCCAGAUACACGUUUAUUGAAAAUCAUGGUUGUCUGAUGGAUGGACCGAUAACCAGCUCAAAGUCUCGUUUCCUGCCCAGAAUCCAAAAUGACAAACUUCAACUCCAGCUGGAUGCCUUCAAGUUCCACCAAGAGACGAGGCCAGAGAUGUACAUCACCUGUAAUCUUCAAGCUUACCCUGUAAUGGAUGCAGUUAACCCCUUUCAUAAAGCAUGCUCCUUUAUCGAUGGAAGCUGGAAGGCUGCAGAUGGAGAUGACUGGGCUUGUUAUAGCUGCCAAGGAACAAAAGAGUAUGCUCCAUCCUUCCAAUCCACACUGCAACAAUCUGGGCCACCUCCUGCUCCCAGACCAGACCAGAACUCAUCUUCCCCAAAGCCCAACAAAUUCCAGCCCAGAAUUCAAGAGGGUUCUGGAAGUUAUUUCAGUUCCUUGCUAACAGAUAGUGAGCCUAUUCCCUCUUGGAGGAACUUAAUUCUCCCACAGGAGGAGGAUGAGGGAAUUGGUUCAGUGGGGUGGGAACUAGAGAAAACAGUGGGUCCAUUGGCCAUCUUUCCAAAGAAAAGCAAAAUGGGAUUUCUGGCUCCUCCUAGAGUGAAGGAGGGUGUUCCUCCUCUCCCUUCUCUCAUUAAAGAUAAGAAACCGAUGCCUCAUAGUAGCCUAUGGAAGAAUGGUGUCAUUGCUGAGAUGGACCAAGUGGGUGGUGUAACUCCUUCACUUUCAUGGGAACCCACUGAACAACCCAAUAUCACGGAAAGUGAACCAGAAUCCGAGAAGCUGGAAGAGGAAGAGGAA